AUGGCAGAUACUGUUGCGCAAAAUAAGAAUAUCACCGAAGACGAAGCUGCUUUGUAUGACAGACAGAUCAGAUUAUGGGGUUUAGAAGCUCAACAACGAAUCUGUACCUCAUCAAUUCUAAUAUGUGGGAUGAGAGGUUUAAGCAACGAAGUAUGCAAAAAUCUCGUUCUCGCUGGAGUUGGUGCUAUCACAAUCAUUGAUCAUAAUAUGAUUACUGAAGAAGAUUUGGGUGCACAAUUUUUUGUCACGGUCGAAGAUAUUGGAAAGAAUAAAGCAAUGACUUCUGCUGAUCGGAUUCGUCAAUUAAAUCCUCGUGUCAAAGUCACGUCCGACUCAAGUAAUUUAAGCACAAAACCAGAUGAAUUCUUUAAAUCUUUUGACUUAAUAUGCCUUACUGAUAGCAAUUCUGAAACAAUGAUACGAAUUGAUCAGAUCUGCCGUAAGUUUGACAAAAAAUUUUACGCGGCAAGUACUUAUGGUUUCUUUGGCUAUAUAUUUUGUGAUCUGAAGCAACAUGAAUAUAUAGUUGAACGAAAAAUUAAAUUACCUCAUUCCGAAGAACAUCAAAUAAAGGUCUUAAAGAAAAUGGAAGACUACAUUAGUUUUCAAGAUGCUUUAUCUAAAUCGGAUUGUGAUUAUGUAGUUUUAUGGAGAUUCCAACAAGAACAAGGGCGAUUACCAAUUGCAACUGACAUAAUGGAUAUUAACAAAUUAAAAUUAAUAAGGAAUUCAUUCUUGCAAUCAAAUGAAAUUGAUAAUACAAAUGUCUCGGAUGAAUUUAUUCAAACACUUGCAAUGAACGCGCCUACUGAAAUAGCACCGGUCUGCGCGAUUAUAGGAGGUGUAUUGGCUCAAAAUAUUCUAAAUGUUUUAUCACACAAGGGAUUGCCUAUCAAAAAUUUUUUUUUAUAUAAUGGGUUUCAAGGUAAUGGAUACGUUUAUAACGUUGAACAAGGAAAGAACAUAUUUAACGAGAAAGCCAUUGACAAUUGA